AGGGCCGGGGGGGGGGCGGGGGCCGCCUUCCCCUGCAAAACAAAAGGGAGCGGAGCGGCGGCAGCCGGGAGGGAUCGUGGGGGGUUCCUUACGCGAUUCGCCGGUGACCCGUGACACCCUUCCCCCCACCUUGCCCCCCCCAAACCAACACCCCCCCCCCCCCCCAACUCCGUGCCGCCGCCAUGUCCCGCCGCAGCCAGCGCCUGGUCACCACACGCUAUUACCCUGGGGACGACGAUGCCACCACCAGCAGCAGCAGCAGCUCCUUGCUGGAGGGCCAGCAGCUCCCCUUCAAGGAGAGCACCAGCAGGAUGAUCAGGAGGAAAUCGAGCAGCACGAAGCGCCUGUCUCCCGCCCCCAGCACCCAAACCUCCUACUACAGCGAGUCCCUAGUGAGCGAGUCCUACCUGGGGGGCAGCCGGGGCCUCGCCGCCCUGGGCAGCUCCGUGCUGGACGAUGCCCUGGACAGCAGCACGUAUUGGGGUGGGGAGCUUUCCACCAGGAGAAGAAGAGGCACAGGGGACACCGAGUCCGGUAAGAUCAACGGGCUGCUGGAGAGCAAGACGUAUGACACCUACGCCUCUUCGUCUGGGUACUCCUCGGAAGAUGACUACGCUGGUCACUUUUACUCAGGCCAGAGUAGCUCUGGGUCGGGGCUGAGGACCGUGGCCUCCCGGGUGGGCUCCUUUCUCUGGCAGGUGCUCACCUCCCCAGUUCGGUUUGUGGGGUGGCUGUUUUCGGGGCUGGCAGCUGCCUGGCACCGCCUCACCGGCGCGGCUCCCCGCCUGGGCGGCAUCCCCUUCUCCAGGCGCUACCCAUGGCUGAAGAGGUCCCUGCUUCUGCUGCUGCUCCUCCUGCUCCUCGCUGCUGCCGCCUACGGAACUUGGUACUUCUACCCGUACGGGCUCUCGACACUCGGCCUCCCCACCUUCCCGUGGUGGGGAGCUGGGAAGCUUUCCUCCUCCGAUGUGCCUGGGGCAGGGGACCUGACCGCGCUGGACCCGGGGCUGUGGGGGGAGCACCGGCUCCUGGCUCGCUUCCGAGCCCUGGAGAAGCGCUUCGAGGUGCUGGAGGCCGAGGUGUCGCGGUGGGAGCUGCAGCGAGGGGCGGCAGCAGUGGCGGCGGGGGGAGAGCCACCCCCGGGGGACGUCGUGGCGCUGCUGGAGGGGCUGGUGAGCCGCCGGGACGCGGGGCUGAAGGAGCAUCUCCGUGCCGAUUUGACCAACCACCUCCAGGGUGAGCUGGAUGCUCUCCGAGCCCAGGUGCAGAGAGAUUUAGACGGGCGCCUGGGAAAGAUGGCACAAGCCUCUCAGGAGAUGGAGGCACACUUGCUGAAGCUCAACUCGGAGUGGCAGAGCUCGGUGCAGGGGAGCUUCCAGCAGGAGGUGGGCAAGCUGGAGCAGGAGGUGAGAGCGCUGAGGAGGGAGCUGGCGAGCCUCAGGUCAGACCAGGAGGUGAUGGGGAAGCACGUGGAGGCGAUGCUGGAGCAGCUGAAGGCGGUGCGGGCUGAUGUGGAAGCGCAGUUCCCGGCAUGGGUCAGUCGGUUCCUGUCGCAGUCCCGGCAGGAUGGGGCUGCUGGCCUCGUCCUCCAGCAGGAAGACUUGCAAGCGGAGCUCCAGGCCCUGGAGCACAAGAUCCUGGCCAAAGUCUUGGAGGACCGGAGGCUGUCGGCACGGGAUGCUCAGGCUGGUAUCGGAGUGGCCCUGCGGCAAGGGGGGACUGCGGGGGUGACGGAGGAGCAAGUGCAUCUCAUCGUGGGCCAGGCCCUGAAGCGCUACAGCGAGGACCGCGUGGGGAUGGUUGACUACGCCCUGGAGUCGGCGGGGGCCAGCGUCAUCAACACCCGCUGCUCGGAGACCUACGAGACGCGGACGGCGCUGCUCAGCUUGUUCGGCAUCCCGCUGUGGUACCACUCGCAGUCCCCCCGUGUCAUCCUGCAGCCAGACGUCAACCCCGGGAACUGCUGGGCAUUUCGUGGGUCCCAGGGCUUUGCUGUCAUCCGCCUCUCUGGCCUCAUCCGCCCCACGGCCGUGACCCUGGAGCACAUCCCGAAAGCCCUCUCGCCCCAGGGCACCAUCCCCAGCGCCCCCAAGGACUUCGCUGUCUACGGCUUGAAGGAGGAGGGAGAGGAGGAGGGCCUCCUCCUCGGGCAGUUCACCUACAACCAUGCCGGCGACCCCAUCCAAACUUUUUACUUGGAGGGUGAUGCCAUCGGCACGUACCAGCUGGUGGAGCUCCGGGUGCUGAGCAAUUGGGGCCACCCCGAAUACACCUGCAUCUACCGCUUCCGCGUGCACGGGGAGCCGGCGCACUGACCCCCCCCGGCUCGGGUGCGGGACGAGGAUGCUGCCGGGCUGCGACAGCAGGAGGGGGGAAUUCGUCUGGUUCGCCGCUUCGCACGUAGAAAUCCUGGGAUGCGCCAGCAGCCGCCCCAGGGAGCUGCUCCCCUCGGGGGAGGAGAAGAGCUGGCGUUUAAGGCGUGAGGCUUUCACUCUCCCGUGGACCGGGGUGGCAAGGCAAGAGCAUCCCACGUGGGUCCUAGCGCGGCCUGGCUUGUUUUCAGUGCGUAUAGGACAUUUUAACUUUUUAAGCUAAUUUUUUUUUUUUUUUUUUUUUAACCGGGUCUGCGCAGCCCCUCAUCCCCAUUGCCCUGCUCCUUUCUGACGGCGCGCCUAACGCUGCCGAGGCUUGGGAAGGGGGGUAUGUAAUUUUGCGAUGUGCUUCACGCGGGUUUGGGUGCGAUACGGUGUAGGGGACCGCGGUGACCGGCUCGGUGCUGCCCUAGCAGGUAGGAGCCACUGGUCACGGCCACUGAGUCUUUCCCCUCCACGUGGGGCCACGUCUCUUGACAUGGCAUUGGUUUCAGAGGGGAAAUAAGACAGUAUUAAUAUAAAACUAAUAGUUUGGGGCAACAGGAGGGAAGAAAUUUGGCACGCAUUGGUGGCAGAGCCUGCCCCGGUGCUGCUCUCCGUCUGCUCGAGCCCUCCUGCUGCCAGCAGCUGUGUUGGGUCUUGGCGAUGCCAUCAACCCCCCCGGCUGGCCGGCUCUCUGGUGUUAAGCUUGAUGAUGCUAUUGAAGACUCCUGUUGCCUGCUUCCCCUUUUGGGUUUGCUCUGUUUUGAUUUGGGAUUUUUUGUUUUGAUGUGUUUUUUUUUUUUUUGUUCUCCUUUUUUUUUAAAAGGGGGGUGGGGAGGGGGGCUAGUUUUCCAGUUGGGAUGUUGGAGGGUUUGGUUUUGUUUUUUUUUUUUUUUUGUAGUAACAAAGGAAAAAGUGACUUUUUCCAUGUGCUUUCUACUUAACCUGAGACCGUUACAUGGCACCGCUUGGGCGAGUGGCUUAAAUGCAGAGAGGGCUAGAGCUUUGUUUAGUAGCAGAAUAGUGCACACAGUAGGAUAAACUAGAAUAAGAUGAUCAGAGCCGUUUAAAAUACGGGCCUGGAGUUGUUGGUGGCUUGGUAGCUGGACCUGGGAGACAAAGUCCUCCGUGGACUGCUGCUCGGCAGGGUGCUGGAGGCACUCCUGCCCUCCUUGCUCCGGAGAUCUCCUCCGAGACUGCAACGCGUGGCCAGGGCCGCUCACCCGUGGCUGCAUCUGCGCCCGGUGCUGCGCUCUGCACAAUUCCUGUCCCUCGGUGGGCUGUUGGGUGGGAGAGGGGGAGACCUCCUUCCCCAGGGGUUGCAGGUGCCAGCAUGCUGCUUCACCUCGGGGGGCAGCGGGGCCUCCCCCCUCCUGCGGCGCCCGGUCCCCAGCGGCAGAUGGCUGGCGUGGGCUGACCUCCUUUCUCUUGGAAGGACUCCCUUUCCCUCCCGCCUUCUCCUCGCUGGCAUCGCUCAGCUCCCCCCCAGCCCUGGCUGCAGGGGAGCAGUGCCAGAGCAGGAUGAGGAGCCCCGCCUGCAUCGGGCACAUAAAUCCCGCCUGUACCCCAUGCGAUGGAGGGGAGCCGUGGCCGGGGACUGCAGGAAGGAUGCACUUUGGGGACCUUCCCCAGGCUGAGGAGUGCCAGGGCCAUCUGGCCCCUCCGCCUCCCGGCUGCCUGCAGCAUGCUUAGUUUUGGCUUAGGUUUUCGGCGUUUACAGCCCCUGCGUUCUGUUGAAAGAAAAGCUAAAGGGCUCGUGUUUAGCAUUUCGGCCCUGUCUGAUGCUGGCGGCAUCUUCCCCCGGCACUGCGAGCACCGGGAAUUCAGUCUUGCUCUGGUCUUCUCUGCUCAUAGGGCGCGGGGCUGGAGAGGAGGGGAAGGGGCUGAAAGAGGUUUCUCCCUGCAGCCUGCCUUGAUGUGUGCGUCAGGCAGAGGUGCUGAGCCCUGCACCCCUCCCUGCCAGGCUUGAGGGGCUGAGGUUGAUGGUGGCACAUCCCUUCUGGAGGAGUUUCUCCGCUCCAAGCAAGGGAAGCGAGCCUGAAAGGUGCAGCCCCAUCUCUAAACAGGUUAAAAUUAUCCCGCGGAACCCCCCUGCGGAUCUGGGAGGCCUUGCUGCUGGGAGGAAAGCAGAGCUGCAGCCCGAUCCAGUGACGAUAAAUUCUCUCCUAUAUUGAGCAUAGUCUUAAUUCUUGGCAUCCACUGCCAAAGUUAUUUUAAACUUGUCUACAGCUGCCUGCUUGCCUUGCAGUCAUGGACAUGAGUGCCCCUCAUGCACAGAGUUGUGCUUUUAUGAAUGCCUAGGCCUGUCCUGGGCUUGGCAGAGCAGCUCCUGUAUUUAAUUGAAUUAUAAAGAGAAAGUGGAGAUGGAGCUUUCCUCCUUCCCCAGGGCUUCUCUGGCUGCUGGAGCAAAUGCCAUAAGCAAAGGGGUUUUCCAGCCUCGUGGUUAUGUCGCUUCUGGCCUCUGGGUUGGGCUGGCAGGGGUGGGCAGGGUCCCUGCCCAAGAAAAAGUGAUUUUGUGGUGAAUCAGGCGUGCCGCUGAGAGGAGGGAAAGGGGGACCUCUUUCCCUGAGAAUGGCGAUAGAGGGGGGCGGUCUCUGCUCCUUCCAGGGGUGUGUUAACUGCUGGCUCUGGGGUAGAGAGCAUUUGACUUUAGAGAGCAAGCUUGCCCCGUUAGAGACAAAACAUCUCGGCUGUUUUGAGGUAAAACCCCCUGAAGACAGCAGUGAGGGGGGGUCGCCCUGGGGGGGGGUCAUGCUCUUCUCUGGGGGCUAGCGCUGGCUUUAGAGGCCUCACCACUCCGACUGCGUGAGGAUCCCCAGGAAGGCAGAGCUCAGGCUAGGUGCUGUUUUUCAUCCCCCAAAUUCCGCAUCGGUGCAGGGCUGCAGCCUGAGCACCUGUACGGCGUGCCUCUUGCCAGCAGCAGCUCGCAGGAUUUGUGUGACAUUUUCCUGAGCUGCAAAGGAAAAGAGGGCACAUAAAACUGCUGCUUCAGCAUCUGCAUCGCUGCCCAAGGGUAUUUAAGCCUAGGGCUGAUGCAGAAGAUAAGCUGGGUGAGGCAGGAGAAAUGUAAAACAGCUGUCAGAACAGCUUUCCCUUAGUUACUCCAUUUCCCUCUUCUAUUCUCCCUCCUUUUCAGUUUGCCCUACACACGUGUUACAAAUUAGCCCUGCAGAAACAGAUGGUUACAGGCAGGAGAUGAGUUUGUAUUUGAUGCUGUAGCCUGUUGCAAAUGCUGCACUGUUUUUUGUUCAUUUUAUUUUUUAACCAACAGAUUGUAAUUUAUGCCUAUGCAAGAAAAAACAAAAGACCAAGACAAAUAAAUUAUAUCAAAACCGC